GCACAGAUAGUGAUAUUGGCACAUGAUGUUCUAAGUAGAUUUAUAUAUAUUGCAUAGACUGUCAGUGGUGAUCUUAAGCUAGAACACAACAAGGAAAUCUGUUUUACAGUUUGAUAUAAUUGGGUCAGAUGUUAAUAUAAGAGAGAUAACAUUAUUGAUAAAACUGAAGAGACAAGGACAUAGUGGAAGAAGAAAUCAAUAUAUAUUAUGACUUGGUGUGUAUAGAAACAAAGAUAAACUAGGCAUGAUUACGACAUGUAUUAUCAGUUGCACGUUGUGAGUAUGAGGUGGAAAGUAUUGGACAUUACUUAAUAAUUUGUGUUAUUCCUGUUUCUGGAUGCCAUUAGCAACAAUGGCACAGUUGAACAAUACUAAAUGGACAUAUAACCUUGGUAACACACCACAUUCUCCGAAGCCAGUCAAGAUGAGUGGUGGACCACCAGGAAGUUUAGAUGAUGAUUAUGCAUCAAAGAAAAGGGCUAAUCAGCUCAAUCUCAUUGAGCAAGCCAAUCGAAAGAAACGACAAUCUUCUGGAAUGAUGCAACCUAACCCUGAUGUCCGUCCAUCCUCGGGUAGAAAGAACCGAGAUGAUGCUCGUCCACUAGUCAAAGACAGUAGAAUAAAAUCAACUGCUCCACAAAGUUUUGCCUAUGAUAAUCCUGGGGUACACGAAGAUAAAAAUGAGACCAAUUUAUCAACUAAAGUCGAAAUAUUAAAUGUAACAGAAGAUGAAUCUCGAGAUAAUAUAUCCAGUGGAUCAGAUAGUGAUGAUAUACCUACUAUGGACACAGGAGAUGGUGUAAUGAGUCAGAAUAACAGAAGUCGUCCUGGAAGUCAUUCACAGACAAUAUCUGCUGGUACAUCAUCAACUGUUAUAAGUAAUACAGAUGAUGAUGAUGUAGAUAUAGAAAGUUUUCCUAUAGCUCCACAACCCCCUCGUUCACCUAAUCCUCUACGUAACACACAAUCAACAAAUAUGACAGGUUAUAAUUCUAAUGAGUUAGAUAAUUACGAUGAAAAAGGUGGCGCUGUAGGACCACGUACCUAUACACCUGAUCCAGGGGAGAAUUUAGAAGAAUUUGUAUUGAGACCAGCUCCACAAGGUGUUACUAUGAAAUGUCGAAUAACGAGAGAUAAAAAAGGUGUAGAUAGAGGAAUAUUCCCUACCUAUUUCUUACACUUAGAACGGGAAGAUGGCAAAAAGGCCUUUUUAUUGGCUGGAAGAAAGAGGAAGAGAAGUACGACAUCAAACUACCUUUUAUCUACAGAUCCCACAGAUUUAUCCAGAAAUGGAGAUGCCUUUAUUGGCAAAUUACGGUCAAAUUUAUUGGGUACACAUUUUACACUGUAUGAUAAUGGUCAGAAUCCUAAAAAAGGCAUAACAUCUUCUAGACAAGAACUGGUAGCCGUAGCAUAUGAAACAAAUGUGUUAGGAUUUAAAGGACCGCGUAAAAUGACAGUUGUUAUACCCGGUAUGAAUCUCGACCAUGAACGAGUAGAAAUAAAACCACGUGGGGAUCAUGAUGGUCUAAUUGAAAAAUGGAAGAGAAAAAAUAUGGAAAAUCUGCUGGAACUUCAUAAUAAAACACCUGUAUGGAAUGAUGAAACGCAGUCAUAUGUGCUCAAUUUUCAUGGUCGUGUUACUCAAGCAUCAGUUAAGAAUUUUCAAAUUGUUCAUGAUAAUGAUGUGGAUUAUAUUGUCAUGCAGUUUGGUCGUGUAGCUGAGGAUGUGUUUACAAUGGACUUUAAUUAUCCACUGUGUGCUUUACAAGCUUUCGGUAUAGCUCUCAGUAGUUUUGAUGGCAAGUUGGCAUGUGAAUAAUACUGGAGAUAUUGAUUGUUUUUUUUUGUUGGUUUUUUUUUUCAAAAUGAUCAUAAUCAACUCCUGCCUACUAUAAAGAUGGCUAUCUGAUUUUAGUAUGGAUAGUUUAUGCACCUUGUACACUAAAAAUGAUGGAAUGCCAUUGAAAGAAGUACACUUGUUAUAUCACUCACUUUGACAGAAGUCUUUCAUUGGAUGAUAUAUACUAUAUACGAGUCACAUUAUAACAAACAGUAUUCACAUGUGAGAAGUGACUUUUUAUCGACAACUACUUAUUUGCAUGUUUUGAUAUUCAAAAUGGAUAUUGAAUCAAAAAUAAGAAAUUUAGCAGACAUAAUGGCCUUGAAGAAAUAUUAUUUAGAUAAUAUAUAUAUGUCUCACUAUGUUUGUUUUUAUUUUAAUUUCAUCAUCGUUAGUUUUAAGCCAAGCUACUUACUUAUUUUUCUCUAUCAAUUUCAUUUUCAAACUCUAGAUUAGUGCAGCCUGCCACAACAUGAUGUGGGCCGACAAUAAAUUUAAAUAGAUCUAAUGAAGUUAGGUGCAAUUACAUGAUCAAUUAUGCAUCAUAAUGAGUUGCAGUUGUCUACAGGAUGUGAAUAAAUGUUUAUCAGUGACACACCUCAUUCUGAAGGGAAUUAUUUGCAUUAGUAGUUGAUUUUUAGAUACUGUAUUAUAUGGUUGUGAAAACCAAUCUAAUAUACAUUUUAUAAACUGUUCCAAUGAUAACAUUCCGUUGUUUUGUUUUUCACAUUAGGAGAAUUAUCUUGUAUCUAUGUUAAUAAUUCCAUUUUAAAAUAACACGUAUAUACAUAUAACAAGUAGACAAUGUCAGAUUUUAAUAUAAUACUAACAUAGAUUGUUUUUUUGAAAAUUUUGACUUAGAUAAUGUGUGUUGUAUGAUUGAAUAGAUGUGAGAAUCUUUCCUCGACUAGUAAUUCAGACACAUAGUUCACAAUUAUUUUUGAUCUUAUUGUCACAUAUAUUUUUUUGAACUAGAAAUUCCAUGGAAUUUCUUCAACUAUAUGUCAAAAAAUGUACAUUAGAUUAAUAGAAGUUUUACAGAUAAGGAAAGUGAUAUUUUAAAGGUGAAGGUCCACCAGUUUCUAUAUUUAUUUAUCAAUCGAUAGAUAAUCAUUGCAGCACCUGAAUCCGCUUUUAGAUUAUUUCUAGUCGCCCCUGUUCAGGCAUUGCCCUUACCAUAAUUUAUCAAUGCAUUAUUGCCUUUUUUUCAAUAUGGGCCACCCCCCAACUCCCGAUCUGAUGAAUGAUAAUGUUGUGUAUACAUUUUGUGCUUGGAGAUAACUGUUUUCAGUAGACAAGUACUAGUUCUGUUAUUGCUAGUGACAGCACACACUCAUUCAUUAAUUACGGGUAGCAGUUAAACAGAGGCACCUAGAAAUUUUCUUAGAGCUGGACUGGCCAUCAUAAUUAUUUAUCUAUUAAAAAUAUAUAAACAUGUGGGGCGAUCUCAUUUAAAACACUACUGAAUACAUUCAAAUUAAAAUUUCUGUUUUGGAUAUAUAUUUGUGUCAAAGGGGAUUUUAAUGUACAUAGGUCUGUAUAGUGUCACUCCUCAUUGAUAACUGUGUAAUUGUGUAAAUAUUAUUUCAACUGAAUCUGAUAAAUACUUGUUGUUUUACCAUCAUCCAAAAUACUACUUUAUCCAAGAAUGGUUGAAAUGUCUAAUAUAAUGGUCAUUUUAAAGUGCUUUUAAUUUAUUAAUUUAUUCUGUGAUUAUUUGAAUUAGUUUGUAGAUGGCAUUAUAAGUUGUGAGUUAGUAAUUUAUAACUUCAUGAAAUAGAAAGCUUUAUUUUUGUAUGUAGAUUAAAAUAUUAUAAAUUACAACAAAUCUCCUCAUAUUUAGUUCAGUAUUGUUAUUUUUGUAAAAAUCUGAUUUUCACAUUUAAUUAAUUGAUAUUUAGUAGUAAUAGAAUAGAAGUGAUUUCAAGUUUAAUUGGAUCAAUAAAUUAAUGUUUCCUGUUUUUAGACAAUCUGAUUAAAACACAGAUCCUAUUUUAUUUCGAUUUUUAUAGGUCAAAAUUUCGUUUUACUUGUCUUUACUACACUAGGAUCUGGAAGUGAUGUUAUAACCAGCAUUCUGUUGAUGUGAGGGAUUAGCCAAACAAAUGGGUAGACAUUUGCAGCGAAGACAAAGCUAAAGUUGUAUUUCCAAAUACCCACUUGAAUCAUCAAUGCUGAUUCGUUAAUCAAACAUCUGAUAUCAUAGGGUCAAAAGCCACUCGUAUGACACCUGACGCGAUACCCACUACAAUCGCUCAAAUCCUCAUGUAGUGGAGGCCAUCGAAAAUAUAUAAAAAAAAAUAUAUAGAUCUGUAUUUUAAUCAGAUUAGUUUUUAUAAACUAUUAUGUAUAUAUUAAUAAGUCAAAGGUGGGGAGGUUAGACAAAAUCAACAACAACAAAAAAUCAACUAAUUUGUUUUCAAUGAAUCAAAAUUCCACCAUUCACAUAUCCACAUUUUAAAACGAAACUUUACACUCAAAUAAACUAAUUUUUGUUUUCUGAAAAGGAAUUUUUCAAACUUAUGAAAAAAAGAAUUAUCUUAUGGCUUGGGGUAUACAAAAUAAACAAUUAUUAGUAACUGGGACAUGAAACAAACAUAUUUAUCAGUGUAAAAUACAUCCCCCAUCUUCAUUAACUUACAUAAUAUUCUAAACCGUCCAUGUUUUGCUAUUUAAUCUUCAAAUUUAUAUACUUCAUAUGUUUAUGUACCCACCUAAUGUCAUGUAGCAUAUUUGUAGCUUUAAUUAUUUUUGAUUUUUAAUUAUACACAAUAUAUAUAUAACUAUCAUCUUGUAAUUGGUUGACCAUUAUACAAAUAUGGACAAUUUCAUCAGAGUAUAUAAAAUUCAAUAAUAUUCCAUAUGAAUUCUGAUGUAAAAAAGUAUUAAAUAUAUCAAAGGAACAUUAUCUUUAAAAAGACUAACAGUAUCUAAAUAUAUAUAUAUAUAUGAAUUAAUUAAGAUUUAUAAAUAUUUAUUAUGGAAUUUAAUCCCCCUUACACCAAUUAUUCAGUUUCUCAGAUACCCGCUGGCCCACACCUUUUUAGUUUUAAAAAAAAAUUAGAAAUAUGUAUUCCAUUACAGUAGUAUAAGCCCCCUGUCCUGCCAAAUAUUCAUUUUCUGCCCCCAAAAAUAUUAUUUACAAAUUAGAAAUAAUAAAAACAAAAUCUUCUCACAGCUCCAGAUCUAAAAUUUUAUAAUACUGUGAAUACAUUUAUUAGAUGUAUUUACUUGGGUGAAUGUAUAAAUAAAUUAUCAAUAGGGGAAACAGUCUGCAAGCCAUUUUAUUUUUUAAAGCCCCAGUGUCUGAGAAACAUCUUUAAAUUUUAGGAGCUCUUAACUGUUGUAAUUGUCCAUUCAAAUAUCAGAAGAUAUUAUUAAGAAUGGAAGUUUAUACAUUGUAACACCCAUACAGUAAAAUGGCAGGUUAACUUGGAACAAUGAAGGUAUGUUGAUCAUUACCGGAGAAGAAAAAAAAGCCCAACCUACAGGGCCUUUUUUUUUUUACAUCAUUUAGAUUUUUGAAACCGUCCUUAAAAAUGAUAUUUUAUUUUACAUAUUUUUUAAUUGAGAUAUUUUUGGUGUUGCUUUAAUUUUCUUCUCCACAGAAUGUGUGAUGUAAUAUUGUUCUCUAUUAUAAAUAUGAUAAUAACGUGUGUGGCCAUGUUCUGUUACUUGCAUACUGUAUUUGAAUGAAAUAAAAGUUAAAUAGUA